AUGCCUUCCGAUGAAAACAUGAACGAGACCAUUUCCUCACUCUUGACAAUGAAAGGUAAGAACACUAACAUUUCCGAUAAAGAUUCACCAACAAUGAGAGAAACAAGAUCAAUGCAGAAGAGGAAAAAUGUGAAAGAUAAAAAAGAAACAAAAGUACCAAAGAAAAUGAAGCAUCAAAGCAGGAAAAGUCCAUCAAAAAGGAAAACUCUUGAAAAACAACAACUACAAGAUUCAGACUCUGAUUUCGAAAAGGCAUUACUAUCUAUAAUCCUUGGGAUGAGCAAAGAACAAAAAGAAUCUGUAAGAUCUACGGGUUUUGGAGCUUUGUUAAAAAUGAAAAUCACGGAUAUACCACUGAAGCUGGGAUUUUAUGUUCUUCAAAAAUUUGAUUCUGAGAGAAUGGUGAUAGAUAUUGAAGGAAAGGAAUUGAAAGUAACAGUAGAGUCUGUUCAUGACAUGUUGGGCAUACCAAUUGGUGGAACCAAACUUACACAACUGGAUCAAUGGCCUAAGGAUGAUACAAGUUAUGAUGAAUGGAAGCAACAAUUUAAAAAAGAUUCAAUCAUCCGACUGAGUGCAAUCAAAAAUGUUAUUGUUUCUACCACAAAAGUUGAUUUCAAUUUCAAAUUGAACUUCUUAGUUCUUUUUGUCAACACUUUUUUGCGAGUCAACAUCAAUGGGAAGAUCCAACCUGUUUCCCUUGAGUUAUAUUUCAAGAAAAACAGAUAUCAGCAACAUAGACUGUUAUUCUAUGCUGAUAACAUCCACUCGGAAGCUUUAACAGUAACACGUAAACGUCCAACAAUUUGUUAUUGGAGUUCAGAGAAGAUUAGAUAUCGAGAGACAUUUGAACAAGAAAAAGGUAGAUUUGGAGUUGGAGAAUUAAACGAAGAAUUUGUUAAUGAACAAAAUGAAGGAGAUACAGAUCUCGGAGACAGUGAUUCUGAUAAAGAUGAAGAUCAUUCUGUUGAGGCAUAUGAAUCAAAAAUAUCAAAAAUGAUUAAUAAUUUUGAGAGGAUGAAGGAAAAGUUGAAUUCAAAGCUUAAUGAUGCGAUGACAAAGUUCCCUGAAAAGGAAAGAAUCAAUUUGACACCAAUAAUGGGUCAAAAAACAAAUGAUCAAACAGAAAAUGAAGAUAAAGAGGGAAAUGGUGAAGAAGAUAAUGAUAAUGGUGCAAGUCAACUAGAAGUAGAUUAUUUGCUUGAUUCAAAUGAAGCAGAUAAUGAAGGAAUAAAGAAUGAUGCAGAUAAGAAUAAAAAAGAAGAGACUAUUCAACAAACUGAAAAUCAAAAUUUGUUGGAUAAAGUUGUUGACAACAUUGUGGACAAUGUCCUUGGAAUUGGAGUUUCAAGUUUAAAUAGUCAAGAAGAUGAAAUCUGGAAUCAUCCUGAAAUGAAAACUAUUUUCGAUAAUAUUGAUAUAGGGUCACCAAUGAGUACAGGUAAAACUAAUACUCUUGCAGAAAAGGAAAAAUCAGAAGGUGUACAUGAACAAGGAACAAAAGUUGAAAAAACAAAGGGAGAUGAUACAGGUAAGGAAAACUCUAAAGAUAGAAAUGAAGGAGGAACGAAAGCUAAGAACACGAAAGAUGGAGGACCAUCAAAGCAUGAUCUGGAUCAACCAAGAGAGAAGAAGCUUGCUGAUGCUUUCAAAUCACCUUUCAAAUGCAGAAUAACAGACACAAAACCAAAACUGACACAUCAAGAGAGUAUUGUCUAUGAAUGGUUGUUCAACUUACAAGGCAAUACAUCAGAUGUGGUUGUCCAGACAAAAUAUGGUCAGAUAGCAGAAAGAGCAGUUAUGGAAAGUCUAUAUGCAAACACAGAGAUUUUUGGAGAAGUUUUAGACACUUGGUCUGAUUUACUUAACCACCAAGAACUGGAAAGGAAUUUUGGAAAUUCACCAUACAGACUAUUCUUGAAAGUUGGAGUUUCUACUGCUUAUCUAACUUCAACAUUGUCUGAUGAAAGAAAGUAUGAAAAAUUCAAUGAGAACUUUCAUGACAGUACCAAUGGGUACAAAAAAAUCUUGAACAUAAAAGAUAUUGACAUGGUAUUCUUUCCAGUUGUUAGAAGUGCUCAUAUUUUUGUGAUUGUCUUCAACUUAAAGAAACCGUCAAUUGAAAUACUAGACAAUAGUGCAGUUGAGGGGGAUUAUGAAGGGAAAUACUGA